AUGGCUUGGCCGCGAGGGGAGUCACUUUUCUUCUACGGUCAGUACUGGAGGUUUGUAGAGCACAUUUCACCGGCUAAGGCUGAGCUUGGAGAGGACAAUAGUGAUGUGGAGCGGGAAGGAUUGGAAUGCGCAGCCGGAUGUAAUGAAGACAAUGGGGUUUGUGAAGAAAAUGGCACAUGCAGGUGCAAAGCAGGUUGGCAGGGCGCGGUGUGCGAGCAGUGUGUGCCGUUCCCCGGCUGCGUUCAUGGGACGUGUGAAAAGCCCUGGCAGUGUGUGUGUGAGGACGGCUGGAUAGGGAGCCAUUGUGACCAAGACACCAACCCUUGCUCCUCUAAGCCUUGCUCUGGCAACUCCACCUGCAUCGAGACGGGCGAGGGGGGGUACCUGUGUGUCUGCCCCCCUGGGGGGUACUCUGGGGACCGCUGCCACCUCCGGAGGGGACAAUGCCAGGACGCCAGCACCAUCUGCCAAAAUGGAGGAACCUGCCAAGAUGCUCAGGACUUCGCAUUGCAACCCACCUGUGUCUGCCCAGCUGGUUUCACUGGAGAGUUUUGCGAGCUCAAAAUCAGCCCAUGCCACCCAAACCCGUGUGCCAAUGGAGGGAUCUGUGCUGCUGAAGGCGACGGCACCACCAGCCACACCUGCAGCUGCCCACCCGGAUAUGGAGGUGCCAGCUGCCAGAACGCCACUGCCCCCACAGCCCCCCUCUCCCCAUGCCCCACCAGCCCAUGCCUCAAUGGCGGUUCCUGCCUCAACAACACCGCCGCUGGUGCCGCUGGUACCGCUGGCGCUGUGCCCCGCUGCCUGUGCCCACCGGAUUUCACCGGGCCACAGUGCGCCCAGGCCCACCACAGAUCCAAACCUCGACCCACGGGCAGGCUGCGGCCCAAGCACCCAGACGCCCAAAUGGUGGCGGCAGCCCACGCCGCCGCCGCCGCAGCCGCCCACGCUAGCCACCACGGAGCAGCCUCCCUGCAGCAGCAGCAGCAGCAGCAGCACUACAGCCUUCCCGCCUACGCCUUCCACAAGCUGCUGCGGCCCCCGGAGCGCGAGCUGCUGAAGAUCACGCUGAAGGAGACGGUGCACACGUCGUCCGGGCCGCUGGUGACGCGCAGCCAGCUGGUCUGCUUCGCCGUGCUGGGCCUGCUCACCUGCCUGGUAGUGCUGGGCACCACGGCCAUCGUCUUCUUCGGACGCUGCGAGGCCUGGAUGGCCAACGCCAAGUACACCCAGCUGGUCAGGCAGCAGAGAGAUCAGCUGCUGAGAACAAGUGGUGGAGAUGGAGGUGGAGGUGGAAGUGGAGGUGGAGGAGGUGGGGAGGCUCAUUCGGUUAAUAUCAUCCUGCCGGAGAAAAUCAAACUGACAAAUUACGGCAACCAUUACACAUCGAUCUGA